UCAGGUAAUCGUGUCUAGCACUAUCAGUCGAGAAGUCUGGUUUGCUUGGUGACGCAUCGCGCUGAGAGGCCCUUGAUGCCGACGUCAAGCCCACAUGGUCGGAGCCAGCAGAAGGGAACCUUCAAAAUCUGGUUCAGUCCUCAUGGCUGACUGACUGGGGUUGCCGGAAUGAGAAACCAACCCGAGGAUUUUUUCCAAACCCUAAUAAAGACAGAAAGAAUAUUCGCCCGGGCGAGUUCCAGCUGGGGGCGGUCUUUGGUUCCAACGUGCUUGGCAACUGGUGUCAGCUUUCUAGAAAGCCGAUUCCCCGAACUCGGGCAUGGGACGCUUUUGCAUGACAAACCUAGAUCAGUGAGCUUGGUAAUCACUGCCCAGCCGAGUCCGUGGAUACAUCAACUCGAUUUAUCGACAAUUGUCUGUGUAUACGGAGUACUGAUCCUCUUGCGUUCGGCAAUUGAUGAAGCAUAUUUGAUCUACCGUGUUGGUCGUACAGAACUUUGUAGUAGGGACGAGGCAUAGACUCCUCAGUCAACUGGCGUUGGUUGACCGUAUUCGGUCACGAUUGCGCAAUAUGAAAUGGCCGUGUUGACGGCUAACUGUACGGAGUUUAGUACCAGUAGUGGUCCCUUGCUAUCGCCCAAACAGGAAUCAAUCCGCCAAGUUCGUAUAUAAACUCUCCGGC